UUAUUCAUUCGGUCCCAGGUCGGUGGACCCCAGCCCACCCACCACCCACCAGUCAUCCAUCGCCUCUCCCCCUCUCCUCUUGCUGGUGUCGUGUCGGAGGGAAAAGAGAGCUCUGCACCUGCACCUGCACCCACAUCCGCCAUUCGAUUUCCUUUGCUCCUAUCCAUCCGCCACAAGACACCACAAGCCCCGCCGCCUCCGUCGCCGUCGUCGCCGCCCGAUCCAACCGCCCGCCGGCCCGCCAGCCCCCACGCACCGGGUCAGGGAACCCGCCUGCAAAGAGGUCAUCGCCAUGAGCUCGCUCUGCCCGUUCGCAAAGGCCACCACCGGCGGCGUGUGCCCCAUGAAAUCCGACAAGAAGCCCGACAAGAGCGGCGGCGCUGCUGCGUGCCCCGUGACGGGCAAGACUCGUGGCGGCGAGGACAAGGAGACCGGCGCCGACCGCGCCGCCGCCGGAGAAGAGGGCGCAGAAGGGGACCCUCGCCUGGUGCCUGCAAAGUGCCCCUUCGGCUACGACUCCAACACCUUCAAGCUCGGGCCCCUCAGCUGCAUGGUCUGCCAGGCCCUGCUCCACGACGCCAGCAAAUGCAAGCCGUGCGCGCAUAAGUUCUGCAAGGCGUGCAUAUCGCGCUUUAAGGACUGCCCGUUGUGUGGUGCUGACAUAGAGGGGUUCGAGCCGGAUGCCGAGCUCCAGGCCCUCGUCGAUCGCUUCAUUGACGGCCAUGCCCGAAUCAAGAGAUCGCUUGCUGGAGGGGAUGGCCAAGCUGCGGAUGGCAAGAGCAAAGUGAUAUAUGAGGAUGUCUCCAUGGAGAGAGGCGCUUUCCUAGUGCAACAAGCCAUGAGGGCUUUCCGCGCACAGAACAUUGAAAGUGCAAAGUCGAGGCUCAGUAUGUGUGCAGAAGACAUCAGGGAGGAGUUGAAAUCUUCAGAAGAUAACCUAGACCUAUGUUCUCAGCUUGGGGCAGUGUUGGGAAUGCUUGGGGAUUGCUGUCGGACCUUGGGAGAUGCGCCCUCAGCGAUUAAAUACUACGAAGAAAGUGCUGAGCUUCUGUCGAAAUUGCCCAAAAAGGAUCUUGAGUUGGUCCAUACGCUCUCAGUUUCGCUUAACAAAGUUGGAGACCUUCGCUACUAUGAUGGGGACCUACAAUCCGCAAGAAGUUAUUAUGCCCGUUCAUUAGAUGUUCGCAGAAAUUCAGUGAAGGAACACUCAGCUGUGGCCUCCCAGGUCAUUGAUCUAGCAACUUCUCUAGCCAAAGUUGCGGAUGUUGACAGAAACCUCGGUAACGAAGAUGCGGCUGUCGAGGGCUUUGAGGAAGCCAUCAAGUGCCUGGAGAAGUUGAAGCUAGAAUCUGAGCAGGCUGGCCUAGAACAAAGGCGGCGCUCGGUUCUCGAUUUCCUGCAGAAGCAAUUGCAUGAAAAGUAACAUGGAUGGGCCCAGCGUGCACUAUCCAUAACGAGGUUCAGCCGCAUCGUUGUUGUGUUGCAAUAUGGAAGUUGUCGUGGUGCAUAAGGGAGGAGGGAGGUGCUCCAGAAAUGGUGUCUUGUGUGUAAUUCCAACCACUUGAAUUCUGCCGCGGCACAAACGCGAACAAAGGCCGUGUUGUACGUAUCCUAGGAGAGUUAUCUUCACUGCCGCCAACAUAUGCUCAGGCUCUAGCUGCCCUGCGGUCUUCUCUCUCAAACCCGAAACAACAUGGGUGAAGGCGAAACUUGUCUGAAGCUCCUUGUUGUUGCGCUUGGAAUGCAAACAAUCCCGUUGUAUAUAACAAUAACACACAAAACUGCUAGAAUCUUGACCAUUUCGCUUUAA